CAAGGCUACCUAUGGAGCUUUCAGAGAAAGGAGGAAACAUCGAUUUCUGGACCACGGGGGGAAGAUAGGAUAGUCAGUAUAUCCCUACAGGACUAGUAAAAGAAGGAAAGCAUGGUUCUUUCUACAUGUCCUCUCUAACCACACUACCUGGAGUAACUCUGAUUGUUCCUCCCUCAUAGACAAGAUGCUGUCUCACAGAGCCCUUGCCAGCCUGUCCUGGAUGCUGCUCUCCUGCCUGAUGCUCUUAUCUCAGGUGCAAGGUGAGGACUCCCUGAAAGAAGUACCCUCACCACGCAUUAGCUGUCCCACAGGCUCCCGGGCUUAUGGUUCUUACUGUUAUGCCUUGUUUCGGAUACCACAGACAUGGUUCGAUGCAGAAUUGGCUUGUCAGAAGAGACCCUCAGGACACCUCGUGUCUGUGCUUAGUGGAUCUGAGGCUUCAUUCUUGUCUUCCCUGGUGAAGAGCACAGGGAACAGCUACCAAUACAUCUGGAUUGGGCUCCAUGAUCCCACCCUGGGUGAACAACCCAAUGGAGGUGGAUGGGAGUGGAGUAACAGUGAUGUGAUGAAUUACUUUAACUGGGAGAGGAAUCCGUCCACUGCCUUAGACCGUGGUUUCUGUGGCAGCUUGUCAAGAGCUUCAGGAUUUCUGAAAUGGAGAGAUAAUACCUGUGAUGUGAAGUUGCCCUAUGUCUGCAAAUUCAGUGGUUAGGCUGAUCCAAAACAAAUAACCAAAAUUUGUCCUGAAGCUCAUCAUGGACAAGAGACUAAAUAUGAAGACUCACUCAGGAAGAGCAUGUUUUAUCCACAGUCCCCAUCAGAUCCCUCAUCUGUUCUUUCCAGAUCUUGCCUUAGUCAUUUCUGUAUAGGUUGUGGCCUGAAGUCUCAGAGAGCAAUAAUAAAACUUGAGUCACACUUUGA